GGUUGGCAAUAUACCCUAAAAAACCUUAUAGAUUCGCAAAUAGUUAGAAUGAAACAAGAAGUCCGCUUCCUCUUAGUCGAGGAAAUAAUAACAACCAGGUUCCUUACUUAACAAGCGAAUACUCUGGCUUUUCGUAACGCAAAACCUGGCCGAAAGUCCCGCAAUGUAUUGUGUUUUUAACGUCUUAUAUGUUAUUGUUCUCAACGGGGAGUCAAAUGCAUUAUCACUCUCAUCUACCAUUCAAAAUUGAAUCGCAUAACGUAUUUUGCCUCGGAUCGACAUCUGAUGAACAUUGAAUCAGCAAUGACAAGCGAAGCAGACGCAACGGGGGAAAAAAGCCUCAAUCCUUCAUGGUUUUCCCCCAAAAGGCUUCUAGCAAUUUUCUGUAUAAUUAAUAUGCUCAAUUAUGUUGACCGAGGAGUCAUUGCAAGCAAUGGUGUGAAUGGUAGCCUUGCUACCUGCACAGAGGGUGGUACAUGUACAAAAGCCAGUGGAAUUCAGGGUGAUUUUAAUCUGAAUUAUUUCCAAGAUGGAAUCCUAUCUUCUGCCUUCAUGGUUGGGCUUCUAGUAGCAUCACCAAUUUUUGCUAGUCUAUCCAAGAUACACAAUCCAUUCAGGCUAAUUGGAGUUGGCUUAUCUGUGUGGACUUUUGCUACAGUUGGCUGUGGUUGUUCAUUUGAUUUCUGGUCCAUAACAUUUUUCCGCAUGUUGGUUGGUGUUGGAGAGGCAUCAUUCAUCAGUCUUGCAGCACCAUUUAUUGAUGAUAAUGCUCCUCCUGAUCAGAAAACAGCUUGGCUUUCAAUUUUUUAUAUGUGCAUACCAACAGGAAUUGCCAUUGGUUAUGUGUAUGGAGGGCUGGUAGGAAGCCUAGUGAAUUGGCGUGUGGCAUUUUGGGGAGAGGCUGUUCUCAUGCUUCCAUUUGCUGUGUUUGGAUUUGUCAGUCAACCAAUAAAAAUGAAAGGUUUUGGUUCUUCUGAUAAAUUGAAUGAGUUAUCAGAUCCCAUGGACACCAGUCAUAGAGAUUGUGAAGAUAUGCAGUUUUUGGACAAUUCUGAUCAGCUUCUAAAAGGAGUGCCUGAAUCAGAAUCAGAAAAUAUCACCACACAAGCUGAAGUGAAUGCCAAGAAGAAACAAAGCUUGUUGGGAGGGGUAGAGACACUUGGUGCACAAUUAAAAGUUUUGUGGAAUGAUUUGAAGAUACUCUUGCUUGAUAAAGUCUAUGUAACCAAUGUUCUAGGUUACAUAGCAUAUAAUUUUGUGAUCGGGGCUUAUUCAUAUUGGGGCCCUAAGGCUGGCUACGACAUCUAUAACAUGACUGAUGCAGAUCUUGUCUUUGGAGGCAUUACAAUAGUUUGUGGUAUCUUUGGAACCAUUGGUGGAGGAUUUGUUCUUGAUUACAUUGGAUCUACCAUCACAAAUGCUUUUAAGCUUCUUUCGGGGGCAACGCUACUUGGAGGUGCACUUUGUUUUUCUGCAUUUCUUAUGAAGAAGCUCUAUGGCUUCAUACCACUUUUUGCAGCUGGAGAACUACUAAUUUUUGCCACACAGGGCCCAGUCAAUUAUGUUGCACUCCACUGUGUAACUCCAAGCUUGAGACCAUUAGCAAUGGCAAUGUCUACUGUAUCAAUACAUAUUUUUGGUGACGUACCAUCGUCACCUCUUGUGGGUGUGCUCCAGGAUUAUGUAAACAAUUGGCGAGAGACAGCACUCAUACUUACUUCCAUUCUAUUUCUAUCAGCAGCCAUAUGGUUUAUAGGGAUAUUUCUUCGCAGUGUAGACAAGUCAGUUGAAGAUAACACAGCAAUGGUUACAACACAAGAAACUCCAUUACUUGAUGGAACUGUUGAAAUCUAAAAGGAAACGUUGAAAACCUGAAGGUGGCAAGUUCAAAUUCCAAGCAGAAAAAGGGAAAAACCUGUGCAUAUGUAUACUAAUGAAAUGGUUUAGUGAUUUUCCUGUAAUUCUUUUCCACUUUCAUAUCAUCUCAAGUUUCUCAAACCAUUCAAAUAUAGAGAAAUGCUGAUCUUGAUUUAUCUUGCAACAUUGUAAAUUGUAGUAUGGGAUAGCUAUUGUGUUUGAGCAUUUAUUAUCAUUUUCCAUGUAAAGAAUUUAUGACAUUCUAAUGGCUAACUCCUAAAUGAACGUUAGCCUGUACUUAAUGCAAAUAAAAGUAUUUGAGUGUACAGAAAUUUCAAGUUUGAGUCAUAAA